AUGUCCCGAUCGGAGAACGAAGUCGCGGCCGAUGAUGCAUCAAAGUUCAAUGUCGAGUUCAGGAGCCAUGACGAUGAAGCGUGGUACUCCGUGAGGGUUGUGCUGGAGCAAGAAGAAGUUCUGAGACUGAAGUUCCUGAAUUUCGGCGACAGUCACGAUAAGUUGUUUGAAGCUCAAUGCUUCAAUAGCUUGAAGGAGGUGGAAGAGUUCGAGAAGCGGUUCAGACCGGUUUCGUUGCAGCUCCAAGACGAUGAGUGCCGCAGCAUCAUACCAGGAACGACCGUCUGUGCUUGCUAUCAGUAUAACUCUGAAGAUGUUCGCUUCUACGACGCUACCGUUGUUGCGGUGCAAGAGAAGGAACAUUCUUUCAACGGAGGAGAGGAAGAGUGCUUAUGCACCUAUACACUUCUCUGGUUACAUGGACCUGUAGCUGGAAUUUACAGUAAUGCCACUGUAGCAGAUGUUUGCAAAAUUCAGCCAACUUCAGGGCUGGAUCCCGUAGUGGCUUCAUUUCUGAAGAUUGCAAGGGAAAGAACUAAAGUUACUGCUAAUUCUAUUUCAUUUUCCAAGGGAGCUAGUGGAUUGGAAGUGGUACAGCCCUGCAAUGGAAGCCAAAAUAUUAAACAGAAAAGUAGUUUUCUUGAGCGCCUAUACAUGGAUGCUCGCUGUACCAGGCGGUCAAUCAGUAAAAAUCCAUCUUCAUGUGAAAAUAGGAUUGCCAAGCUUCUUAGCAAAAGACUGGAAGAUAGAGAUCUUGGUGGGAAGAAAAAACUUAUUUAUGAUAUUAGUUGGGAAUCUGGAUAA